UUCCUCCUUCAUCUACGCCACAAUCGCAAUCAGUUCCUCCUUCAUCUACGCCACAAUCGCAAUCAGUUCAUCUUUCAUCUACGCCACAAUCGCAAUCAGCUACUUCGCUACCACCAACUGCAUCAGCUCAACAAUUAUUAGUGGAUAGUUUAAGACUUUAUCGCGAAAAAAACCAUCUAACGGUUCAACUGGAUGAAGGAGUUAUACCACUAACUGCAAACGAAAUGAAUGAGCUCGUGGAAGCCGCCUGUGCGAGGGAGAUGAAAGAGGAACUGGUCGCGAUUGUGACGGCGAUGGAGGAGGAACUGAUUGC